AUGAAGUUCUUCACCGCCGCAUCGCCUCUCAUCGCCGCCUGCGCUCUCACCGAAAUCACGGUAUCCGCACAAACCACGGGUGCUCCGUGGGGGUACAAGACCAACGACCCCACCAUGGGCGGACCGGCGCAGUGGGCCGACCACUACCCCACGUGCGGGGGUUCUCGUCAGUCACCCAUUGACAUCACCACCACGACGGGAGGAAGUUUGGCAACACGCUCAUUGGCAUUCAGUGGCGAGUGUGCCAACUUCAAUCUCACGCAAGCGACUGAUACGUUCGUGGCAAGUGUCGUUGGCGGGUCCUGUGCGGCAUCGGCGAAUGGUGCCUCCUACAGCAUGGCGCAGUUCCACAUCCACGCCCCCUCCGAGCACACACUCGACGGGAAGCCGCUGGACGGAGAGGUCCACUUCGUCCACAGCAACGCCGACGGCUCUGCUCUUAUGGGCGUGGGUGUCUUUCGGCAAGUAGCGAACGCAGGCACGACGGAUUCUGGCUCGUACGCUAAUGUCGUGAGCAGCAACGCCGUCCGCACCUACAACUACCCGGGUAGCCUCACGACUCCUGGUUGUGACGAGAUCGUCGACUGGUGGGUCGUGCAGCAGCCCAUGUCGAUCUCGUCGGCGGACUUCACCCGCUUGCCGACACAGCGGAAGGAGCUGUCCGUGACGGACAAUGGCAACAACGCUCGCCCCGUGCUACCACUGAACGGACGCACCGUCGUAAGUCUGCAGUAG